AUGUCCACGAGUGGCUCCUUGGUGCAGCUCACCGACAGCGUGGAAUACGGCUUGACCGAUAUCCAGGAGUACUACGCCAACUCUGGCGCCAUGGUCCGGCGUAUGAGUGAUUUGCAGGGCCGCAAGGUGGAUGCCUUGGUGGUGGACACGACCCAGAAGACGGUCGCACCACGGAAGUUAGACUCGGUGCUGCGGAUGGAGUACCGGACGAAGCUGCUCAAUCCCAAGUGGGCAGAGGCCAUGGUGGCGCAGGGCUCCGGUGGCGCCUUUGAGGUAUCACAGCGGAUGACGGCGCUGCUGGGCUGGGGCGGCACCACGCGCUUCGCCGAGGAUUGGGUUUGGGACCAGAGUGCGGCGCGCUAUGUCUUAGAUGAGGACAUGGCCCGACGUCUGAAGGAGAGUAAUCCUGAGGCCUUUCGGAACAUCGUGGGCCGACUCUUAGAGGCUCAGGCCAGGAAUUUGUGGAAUGCGCCAGAGGAUCUCUUAGAACGCUUGUCGCAGAUCUACGAGGACUUGGACGAUGAGCUUGAGGGAGUCGCCUGA